AUUAGAUACUAAAUAUAUACAUUGUGUUGGGGCAUAUUGUUGUUUUAGUGUUUAAAUUACUUAGGUCUUAAUUGCUAUUGACCAUAAGAGAUUGAUACUUGUUAACUGAAAAUCGUUUGAUUAUAUUGAUAAAUAUUGGAUAAUUAACUUUGAGUAAAAAUGCAAACAAAAUCUAAAAGAAAUUAACAAAUUUCACAUCACUAGUGAGUGAGUCAUAACAUAUUUUGACCUGGAUUGCAAACUAAACACCGUCUUGAACAUAGCUUAGAGCCAUCCCAUGAAUAAAGACCAAAGUUUGUAUCGAUAUGUUAAAACUUUCAUCAGUAGUUUAUGUACAAUAUUAUCGAUGCCACAGUUUUGAUGUCGAUAGUCAAAAUAAUUUCUCCCCUCGAAUAUAUUUCCAAUUAUUGAUCUUUUUAGUCAUACCUAAAAUUACUGUUUACUUGGAAGUCAGUCAGUGUAAGAGGAAGUUAGUGACUAAACUACUCUUGUGUUGUUAUGUGACAUAAAAAUCAAACAAAGUUGAUUAAUGUUUCUGAUCAUAUAUAUACUGAGAGAAACAAAUACAGGAACACAGGAAAAUUUAAGUAUUCCUUUAAUAUUUUCCAGUUUUCAUUGCCAGCUUUGAAUAGUGCUAUGGGAGGAAAUCUGGGAAUAAAUAUAGGAACACUGCCAUGAAGCGGUUUUGAGGUUAUAGUCAUCCAUUUGAUUAGAUGCAAGUGGGUACUGGUCAUGUAAGGUUUGAGCAUGAAUCUGUCCAAGUGGUUAGGGUAUAGAUCUUGGUUUGUACAAGUUAUCCAAUUCAGGUAGUUUAUUGGUGCUGCAAGUGACUGUAUAUUUAACAGGAAACAGAAAAUUAAAGGCAGUAUUUCACACCACAAUUCCCUUAAAUAAAUAAUGCAUCAGCCCUCGGGGGAAGUUACCAUAUAAUAUUCCCCAAAAAUUUACGUAUUUAGAUUACAAUAUUAAAUUAAAAAGUCCGAAUGAAUUAAGGCAACGUUGCAUUAAAUCAAAUCUCGCACCCUCUACCGGCUGAACAUUAUUUCCAGCGAACUCCACAGAGUUAUGUCCCUUGGCAUGCUCCUAUAACUCCUUUUAGGACAGAACUCAGUCCUAGACAAAAACAUACACGAAACUUGAACUUUCAGCUUCUGAUUUGAAUAACCCAUAAGGCCAGGAUUGUUUGAGAGGUUGAAAUAAAAUUUUAACAUAAAAUGUGUACAGAAGGAUUGCUUUAGAGGAUUUGGGGAUUUAACUGGGUGACUGCAGGUUGAAAUAAUAUGUUGCUUCCCUGGAGUAAGUUUUGUUUAUGAUUCUGUAUUUAUAUUCUCUCUGUUACAAGUAUUACGAACAUGCACUCACAAGAUAGUAUUUCAUAUCAGAAUUUUUUUUCUAUAAUGUCAAAUAUUUCGAAAUUAAUUUCACAAUCAAAAUUUCAUCAUAUCUGUUAACUAAAAGGGCCCAAUAAGAAAUGGAGGGUGAUAUUUACAAUUUUAUGUUAUAAAUAAUGACAUUUAAGACCCUGGCAUGCAAGCACUGUAUACAUAAUCCUCCCCUAAAUAAAUAUUUUUGUUUUGUUCCACAACUUUUCUUCACCCUUGUGUUUCUCAGAAUCCCUUGUGAUGCUCCCAAAAUGUUUUUAUGUUUUGAUUCAGUGUGCGGCUCUUCUCAGAUAUUUCCCUGUUUCAGCAAGGCAUGGAUGAAGAGGUAACCCAGAUGGAGCGGAGACCAGAGGAAUCCAGACCCCAUGGAGAACCUGGAGGGACAACAUGUCACCAGGUCCUAAGCUCAGGCAGUGAUGGAAAUGAUUCAUCAGAAAGCAAAACAAAGGGAGAUAACUCCAGUGACAGUGAUCAAUCAAAAGCAAAAAACAAGUUUAUCUGACAGUGAUAUUGACAAUGUGAAUCAGUCAGCAGACUACAAGGCUGUAGGGGAAACAGCUUUAGCUUCUGACAAUACAAACAGUGUGUUUGACAGUGUCAACACCCUUUCAAGCCAAACCAAAGUGGGAAGAAAUGAAGUUCCAAAUAUGACACAAGAGCAAAGGCAGGAUAAUAGGUUAACACACAUGUUGCCAAAUUAUGCAGAAUAUGAUGCCCCAUUUAGAAAUGUUGAAAACAUUGACUUUGAACUUGAAGAUCUUGUUGGUUAUUCUGAUGAAACCUCAAGACCUGACAUCCGAAAUGUUUUGACAUUGUUUGAGAUGUGUAUUCGUUCGGUUUCAGCAAAGCACUUUCGCCAGAAACAACAAUUAAUAAGCAGCGUGCCUCUUCCCAUAAAAGAUGUUUUGUAUGAGAGAAGGCGAGACCAGGCCUUUACAAGUAUUCAGCUCUCAUCACUUCAUGAUCUCCUUGCCUUUAUGGAAAGGGAUUCUAUUAUGUUGACAACAUUGAAGAACUAUGGUGUUAAUGAGACAACCAUCACAACAUACCGUGACCUGAUAGUAAGAACAAGAAACAUCUGGAAUGAUGAUGCAUUUGAAUCAAUAUAUAGAGACUACAUUGAUGGGGAAUGCACUUCAAUCCUGCCUUUUUCUUAUGUCAACCAAGUGAAGUGCCCUGCUGGGAACUGGGGUGAAGUUAUGAAGUGUUUUCCUAUUUGUCAGUUAUCAGUGGUGGCAAGUGUGAUAGAACUGAUGCUACCUCAGCAUAUUUCUCUUGGACUUCUCAGUAAUGUGUACAGAAACUGCAGCUCAGAAUCAGAGCUCAUUCGGAAAGCCACAGAUACUAUGGUCUACUCUGUAAGGAAAAACCUCAAAAAAAGAUACCCAGCUAUAGUUGAAGUCUUCUUCAACUGUGCGCUGCCCUAUGUGUUUUGGGCUCGGGGAAACAUCAAACUGGCUGCUGAAUGCUUUCUGCGUAUUGCACAAACUGAAGAUGAAAAUAGUAGAGCUGUAUUCUUGUGCGAGGCAGCUCGGUUGUACGCACAGAAUGAGGAACCAAUGAAAGCAAAGCAGCUGUACAUGGAGGCGUCUGACUCUAUAAUGUGGAGGUCAAGGUUACAGUGGGAGGAAAAGUCAGUUCGCCUACAAAAGUUCAUGCUGAUGGCCAGUGCGUACGAUCAAGGAGUGAUGACACCUGAGAAGGCCACCCAGGCAGCUGGUGCAUGGGAAGGGGCUAUGAACUUCCUGUAUCCCAGCUGUCCCCAGAGAUCCAGCAUCCAGCCUGUGGAGUCCUUUCUGUGUUUCCACAGCGGAACAGCACAAGAGCGUGUUCAGAAUCGUCUCGAAUACUGUGUGAAGCUGAUAGAGAGACUGGUAGAUUCUUUUGAAUUCCUGCUGCUCCAUCUGUCCCUGGUGAUGGCUUUGCUUGGAGAUGAAAAGAAAUCUUUAAGAGCAUUCUCAACUCUCAUUUUCAGAGAAAAACUGGAAAUGCCACUUCCAUGGCUAGAUAACCAACACAAUCCAUGGCAGCCAGUUCUUGACCAUGUUGCCGAACAUGGAACUCCAAAAUGUCUCAAGGUCAUAUGGAGGACACAGCUUGGUCAUCCUCGGAUUGUCAAUAGCAUGAAUUCCUUUGAGGGGGACUACCAGUCCAUGGCAGACCUGAAUCUGAGACUGACAGAUGCUGGCUUUAUCACGGCUGAUCUCCAGAUGAUGAUGCCCCCUAUCAGGGCCCUCAAACUGGAUCCGUACACAGGGCUUCACCUUCACACGUCAGGGCUGACUACCAAGUGGCAUUCCUUCAAUAACUCACCACUCCCCCAUGCUCCAGUCCACAGACAUGGAUUACACAUAGUGCCAACACUGACAGAGGUGUAUCGUGACACUGACACAAUGGUCCAUCUGUCAUGUCCUGAUUACUCCCUGCUAGAUAUUAAAUCAACAACAUAUGCACAACAACUGACCCUAUUUUGGACAGGACCAGGAGAUCAAGGGGUCAAACUUGAUCUUAUACCUUUUUUGAAGGCUGUAUGUAAGCAGAGAGCCCAAGAAGUCAUUGAAGCCAUGAAGACCUCAAACAGGUUCCGCAAUUCCUCUCCAUGUGAGAAAGGUGGCGCCAUCUGGGAGGAGAAGAUGAAGAUGGCCCUGGAAUACUGUUUUGCUGAGGGCUACAAAAUGUCUCAACACACCGUAGAAGAAGUUAAGAAUCGCCUCUGGGAGAAGAUUCUCAAAUUUACUCACCAAUCAGACAAAAGAAGAAAGCUUUCUAAGAAAGAAAUACAAGAAGACAACCCAACUGACAGGCCAACUUACAAGUAUGAGCCAGAUAGUUUCAGCUUUGUGGUUGAGGAGUGCUUUGCCUACAGAGACACUGUCUACCUGGCAGUCUAUGAUACCUACACGCCAAAGAGGAUUCAAGUGUUUGUAGACUGUUCCAGUAAGGAAAGCUUCAUGCAGCCCUAUCUGACCACAGAACACUCUCAUGACUUCUGUGACCGCAUCGAUGACCCCCAGGCGUCCAGCAUACUCUCCCUGAAGAUGACCAGUAAACACAGGAGCCAUCCUCCAGACGAUAUCAUGUGGCACAUGGGCAUUCUGAAAGAGUACAGGAAUCACAGGAAGCAGUAUGUAUAUGGCAAGAAAGGAAAGCUACUCAAAACCAUCUCAGAUAAUCAAAUGGUGGCACCACAUGUCCUUGGGAGUAAGCUGUAUGGGCUUACUACUGACAAACUCAGAGUCAGAUGUGACCCAAUCACCGAAGAUGAGAUUCUCAGUGAGGAGUUCGCAGAAAUAAGAAGUCUUUUGUUUGGAGGAGACAAAGUCAUAGCUGUAACAGAAAGCAUGAUCUACUUCCUGCAUCCUGAUACCUUGCAAACCCUGAGUGUUACCCAGCAUCGUGACAGCAGUAAUGUUAAGGUGAGUGAGGAUGGCCACAACAUCCGCUUUCCGUCAGGAUCUCCAGUCAAGAUCCUGGAGAAGAAAAAACUGGAGGAGAAGACGAGACUUGCAUUUGGCAUCGGUGAAAUGUUGAUGUUUGUGGAUGUCACAGAUGAUGUUGUUGAGGUUGUGAUAGACUUGUUGGUUCCUGGAGUUGCAACAGAGGUCUACACCAUCAGAGAAGAUGUGGACUUUCUGGUAUCAGUCACUGUUCAAAAGGGAGGUGAAGACAACUUCUACAGAGAGCAUGUGUUCCACUAUAACCAUCAUGGGAAGAUCCUUGGGGUACUGCCCUUCCUUGGACCUGGACCAAGAUGUUUCUGUGUGGAGUACCUAAAGGAGUUGGAUGGGGUGACAGACACAGAUUGUGGCAGAAGGGGCUGGCAUGUCUUUAUGAGGGACGGCCAUGAGGGGAUUAUAGGUGUACGUCUGUGAAUACCAGGAACUGUCAAAGAUUGGCCAUCAGGGGAAUAUAGGUGUGUGUCUGUGAAUAACAGGAACUGUCACAGAUUGGCCACCAGGGGAUUAUAGGUGUAUGUCUUUGAAUAACAGGAACUGUCACAGACAAGACAUCUGUGAAUAACAGGAACUGUCACAGACUGGCCAUCAGGGAUUAUAGCUGUACAUUUGUGAAUACCAGGAACUGUCGCAGACUGGCCAUCAGGGGAUUAUAGGCAUAUGUCUGUGAAUAACAGGAACUGUCACAGACUGGCCAUCAGGGGAUUAUAGGCGUACACCUGUGAAUAUCAGGAACUGUCACGGAUUGGCCAUCUGUGAAUAACAGAUGGUUUUGGCUGUGAAUGAUGAUCAGAAGAAAGUACUUGGUCUGAUCCUGCAGAGAGGAUGUUCCACAGAUUGAGUUAGUGUUGAGAAUAGUGUAUGCAUGACAGCUGCAGAACUGUGCUGACUUCUUUGAAAUGAGUCAUGGUUUGAUGCCUAUGUAUGAUGGCCACUACACCUACCUAAACUUGGUGCUGUUAAUUCAUGACCCAGAGACUUUGUCAGCAUGAAAGCAGUGAUUGUUAAGACAGAUUACUUGCAGUGUGAUGUUGUUUCUAUAUAUUUUUAUAUACUGUGUAUUGUAUAUAUUAAACUGUAUAUUUAUUUUGCCUUAUAAUAAAUGUAUGUGAUGAACAGUUAAAGUAUACAAAUCUC